UUCGUUGCGUGCGCGUUGAUGUGAUUUUUCGUGUUAUGUGAAAAAAGCAUAAAAUACCUUAAAUUUUACAAAUUUAUUUGUAAAAUCUAUACAAAAUUCAAAAGAAAUCAAAACAGAAUAGAAAAACACAAAUAGGAACAGAAAAAUCGUGACCGUUACUUUUGCGAAAUUGUCGCAAAGGCGACAAAAAAAUUUGUCGUCCAAACUUGUUCAUCAAUAAAACAUUUUAUUGUAACAUAAAAAGGCAAAAAAAAGUAAUAAACAUAAUAAAACCAAACCAAAAUUUUUUACAUAGAAAUAUUUGUAAAAAAUAAAGGAAGAAAGAAAGUUUAGAAUAGUGAAAAACUUGCAAAAUAAAUUUGCAAUACACUUGUGACAAACGAUCAAUUAAAAAAAAAAAAACAUUCAAAUAAACAUAAGCGAAUUAAAAAUACAAAUAUUAGAAUAAAAAUCAUUUGCUUCUAAACACGUAUUCGCGAAAAAUUAAAGGACUUUACAUACCUAAAAGUGAAAAGGCACCUUUGUAGCCGUGAAGUGAAAAGGUAUAUUUGGCAGUUGACUGCCAAACAUAGCCUAUUAACGCAGGUAUUCUUGAAGGCUACCCAAGCAACUACCUGUCUUAAGAUUUAACUACGAAUUGUACCAAAUAUUAAUCAUAAAAGACGCAGCAACAACAAAGGAAGCGUUAGCAUACCGCCAGGCAUAGCAUCAUAAUUCACUCAUUCGUCAAUUGUUUCGAAGAUGGAGCGACGUGGCCGCAUACCGGUAGCGCGCUUUCGCACGCAGGAGGGCAAAACGCGCAGUCGUAGUCGUGUACGCGAUCCCGAUUACAAUGAGCAAGAUCCCGAGACUGAUCUCUUCACCUUAUUGGAAGACAAUAUUGCGCUGAAGGAGGAGAAUAAAGCGCUGAAGAUCGAAAUUGAAGACGGCAAGAAGGCGCAAAAUGAGCUGGAGUCGGAGAAGAUCAAAAUACUCGAUGACUUAUCCGCUUUGAAGAAACAACAACUCGACCAUGAAACACAAUUAAAAGAGUUGACCACCAAAUUGAAUAAAAUGAGCACUGAACGCAACGCUUUGGAUAAGUUGCAUAAGAUGAAAAUCGAAAAGAUCAGCGGCUUGGAGCAGGAGUUGCAAGCAUUGCAGGAAAAGCAAAAACUGUUAGCUGCAGCACCCCCAACCACACCGCGAACGACGCUUUUGCAGGCCACACCCUUCGCUUCGGCCAGUUUGAGCAGCAAAUUGCUGAAAAUCAUACCGACAUUGGGCAACAAUGAAAUGGAGAGCAUCGUAGAUGUGGAACCCACGGCCGCCUUGCCCAUUACAAGCGAACUAGUCGAGCGUUUGGUCGACGAAUUUCAAACAUUGAAGAACUCAAUGAAUGCGGUUGAGCUGCAGCUCUAUGAAGCCAAUGAGAAAAUAGCCGAGUUGCUGGAAAAUCAACACCAUUUGGAGGAAGAGAACGAAACCAUGCGCACGGAGAACACGAAUCUGACCAAAGUUGCCAAACUGUUGACGGACAACAUGAAAGAGAGCGUUGAGACAAGCAAAAAAAUGGAAGCAGCGCUCAUCAAAUUGAAGCAGCGCAACGAUGAACUAAAUGCGCGCGCACGCGAUCUAACCGAUGGCCAGCCAGCGCCAAGUCCUUCACCGACAACGGAAAAGGUGAAUGAGGAAAUCGAACAAAUCAAAGAGGAAGUCGAAAAUCAAAAUCGCGACCAUAAUGAACGCAUUGUCGAAAUGAAAUCUCUUAUGGAAGCGGCUAUACAAAAAAAUACUAACGAUGAACUAAACACUUUCAAAGUAAGAGUGGAAAUUCUGGAAGAGGAAUUGCGCAAGGCGAUUGCACGUGCCGAGCAUGCCGAGAUUGAAUUACAGAAAUACAAAAAUAACUCUAACACAUCGACAAACUGCUUAACAACAUCCGCACAGACUGAACCAUUAACAAUAACAACAACGACAGCGGCACCACCACCGCCACCGCCGCCACUACCGCCACCACUACCAACUAAACUAAUUUAUAAGCAAGCGGACGUUGGUCCCAGCGGCGGGGCAGCGGGAGCAGCGACAUUCAGCGAUAGCAUCGUCGCGCACAAUUUGCAAAAGGAGAAAAUUAUCGGUACGGUUAAACAACAUGUGCAAGGCGCAGCAACAGGUCUUGACGCUCUAGUGAAUGAAUUCAAGUCGGGACGUGUCACCUUGCGUCGCAAUCGCCGCAAAACGCGUACAAACGAAGCACUUCAGGAAAUGUUUCAAGUCUUAGAGAUAAGUCAGAAGCAGAAUCGCAACUCGAAAAUCUGCAUCGAUAUGAAAUUUUGAACGGCAUCCGAACCCGCCGCCCUUAUAUUUGUAUUUGUAGUAGUAUUAGUUACUGAUCUUUCACCUAUACACACGCAUGCAUACACACGAAUGUAUUUUUUUAUCAAUUGACCAUUUUUGGAAAUCCACAUUUUAGACAUGCUAGGCUUAUUGUAUUUGUAUGUGUGUGUCUAUAAAUUUAUAUUUAUGCACUUUUUGAUAAGCAUUUUCUAUUAGAUCUAAAAUGUACGAGCAUUUGUGCCUUUCGCUCAGCUUUACAGCUCUUUUAUAUAUUUAUAUAAGUACAUAUUUACAUAUGUGUAAAACGAACAAAUAAGUCAACGAAAACGAAACUCAUCAUUGUUUCCAGCUAAUUUUGGCGGUUAUUAAUUUUUUCCUUUCGAUAUUACUUCCUUUACUUUUCUUUAUAAAAUUUUGUUUAUUUUAUUUUAACUACCACUCGUCUGUGACCACUCGUGUAUACUCUUUUUUGCUUUAACGCUUAGCGCUUUCAACUAUCUCUUUAUAAAAAACGUUUUACUUCCUUAGGAAUUUGUAUAAAAUAUCUCUUUAUAAAAAAACAUUCUUCUUUCUUACGAAAUUGUUUAAAAACGGUUAAAAUUUUUUGUUAUUUAAAAAAUUAGUAAAUGCAAAUGUUAUUUAACAUCUUUUUACAAAGUUCUAUUUCUGUUAAAUUUUCACUGAAAUAUUUUUUGUCAAAACAAAAAAAUAAUUUAAACUCUUUAAGGGACACAUAUAGUGAGACAGCCUAAGAAAAAGCAUCAUUUCUCUCCAAGUAAUCAUUGGAACAAUUUUAUAAUUAAAUUUUUGGAAAAUGAUAACCAAUCGAAAUAAAAAAAAAUAUUUUCUUUAUAAAU